GUGGCCCACACAGGGUCCCAUCCCCGGCGACCCUCUCCCCCUCGGUCCCCAGGCUGCGGAGGGGCGGGGCGUCCCCUCAGAUAUAAGGCUGCGGGAGCCAGCCGCGGCGACUCCCGGGACUACCCCUCAGUCCGUCCCCAAAGCGAUGGUCUCCCCGCAGGUGUCUGCGCUUCCCCAGACGCUCCUUCCGCUGCUGCUCCUCCUUCCCCAGGCCCUGCCAGCCGCUGUCUUCGAGCUGCAGAUUCUUUCUUUCGGGCCGGGACCAGGCCCCGGGGCCCCGCGGCCCCCCUGCGACGCCCGAGGCCCUUGCCGCCUCUUCUUCAGGGUCUGCCUGAAGCCCGGGGUCUCCCAGGAGGCCGCCGAGUCCCUGUGCGCCCUGGGCGCAGCGCCGAGCACACGGGGCCCCGCCUACACGGAGCAGCCCGGAGCGCCCGCGUCUGCCCUGCCGCUGCCCAACGGCCUCGUACGGGUGCCCUUCCGCGAUGCCUGGCCGGGCACCUUCUCCCUCAUCAUUGAAGCCUGGAGAGAGCAGCUGGGAGAUCACGCUGGAGGGCCCGCCUGGAGUCUGCUAGCUCGAGUGGCCGGCCGCAGACGCCUGGCGGCCGGCGGCCCGUGGGCCCGCGACGCGCAGCGCACCGGAGCGUGGGAGCUACACUUCUCGUACCGCGCGCGCUGCGAGCCUCCCGCCGUCGGGGCGGCCUGCGCGCGCCGGUGUCGCUCGCGCAGCGGCCCCUCGCGGUGCGGCCCGGGACUGCGGCCCUGCGCGCCGUUCCCGGACGAGUGCGAAGCCCCGCCCGUCUGUCGGGCGGGCUGCAGCCCGGAGCACGGCUACUGUGAAGAGCCCGACGAAUGCCGAUGCCUGCAGGGCUGGACUGGGCCGCUCUGCACGGUGCCCGCCUCCACCAGCAGCUGCCUGACCGCCAGGGCGCCGGGGCCUGCCAGCACCGGAUGCCUGUUCCCCGGGCCCGGGCCCUGUGAUGGGAACCCGUGUGCCAAUGGAGGCAGCUGCAGCGAGACCCCCGGCUCGUUUGAAUGUGCCUGUCCCCGGGGCUUCUACGGGCCUCGGUGUGAGGUGAGCGGGGUGACCUGCGCGGACGGACCCUGCUUCAACGGCGGCCUGUGUGUGGGUGGCGAGGAUCCCGACUCCGCCUACGUCUGCCAUUGCCCGCCUGGUUUCCAAGGCUCCAACUGUGAGAAGAGGGUGGACCGGUGUAGCCUGCAGCCGUGUCGGAACGGCGGCCUCUGCCUGGACCUGGGCCGCGCGCUGCGCUGCCGCUGCCGCGCUGGCUUCGCGGGGCCGCGCUGCGAGCACGACCUGGACGACUGCGCCGGCCGCGCCUGCGCCAACGGCGGCACGUGCGUGGGGGGCGGCGGCGCGCGCCGCUGCUCGUGCGCGCUGGGCUUCGGCGGCCGCGACUGUCGCGAGCGCGCCGACCCCUGCGCCUCCCGCCCCUGCGCGCACGGGGGCCGCUGCUACGCCCACUUCUCCGGCCUCGUCUGUGCCUGCGCGCCCGGCUACAUGGGCCUGAGGUGCGAGUUCCCCGUGCGCCCCGACGGCGCGGACGCCGUGCCCGCGGCGGCCCCCGGCGGCCCGAGGCCCGCCGACCCGCGGCGCCUCCUCCUGCCGCCCGCCUUGGGGCUGCUGGUGGCCGCGGUCUUGGCCGGCCUGGCGCUCCUGCUCGUCCACGCGCGCCGCCGAGGCCCUGGCCGCGACUCCGGGACUCGCCUGCUGGCGGGGACCCGGGAGCCUUCGGUGCACACGCUCCCGGAUUCGCUCAACAACCUGAGGUCCCAAGGCGGUGCCGGGGACGGCCCCAGUUCGUCAGCUGACUGGAAUCACCCUGAAGACAGAGACUCUCGAUCCGUUUAUGUCAUACCAGCCCCUUCCAUUUAUGCUCGAGAGGUAGCUACAGGCCGGGUUCCCGCACUCCAGGCCUUGGGCGCUGGGCUUGGCGGCAGCCGGGGUCCCUUCCCCCCCCCCCCAUGUCUUUUCUAA